UAAAAAAAUAAAUAAAAAAAUGGGCUGCCAAAGAAAAGUGAUAACUCUGGUGAUACUAGCGUCGCUCUUGAAUGUAGCAUUGUCUCAAACUGGAGUAGUGGUGGGGAAGGAUAUAUAUAAUUUACGAGAAAUCUGUGGUUAUGGGGAGAAACGGAACAUUAUUGUAUAUUUAGUUUUGGGGGUGAAAAACAUACUUUUACUAUUUAUAAAGAUAGCAGAGACAAUGUUCCGGGAUAUCAGUGCCAACACUGUCUUUGGACCGUAA